UCUGUAUAAAAAUAAUUUACUGUUCAGUGGACUGAAAACAAUGCUUACUGCAAAUCUGUCCUUGAGAUCUUUAAAAUCGUCUGUGCACGUCACAGCGCAGUUUCUUAAACAAGAACAAAUAACCGGAUAUAUUGGAGUGGUGGAGGGCGAUCAUCGCUUUGUGCCUGCUGCAGCAAGUGAUCUAUAAUUGGUCGAAGCUCAUCUCUUUUCUAUUCAGUUAUAGGCCUUAAAUGAAGGAGAGGGGUUAUGCAACAGACGCCCGUCGCUGUUGUGAGUAAUUGAAUUAGAGGUGGGAGCGGUGGGAGGAGGGGCGCUGCACGGAGCCGCUGACAGGUAGACGAGCCGUGCGCUGUCCGCGGUGCUGAAACCUCCUCCGCUCACCGGAGAUCCUCACCUCAGAUCAGACCGAGGCUCCACUAACCUCCACCGGCAUUUCACAUCUCCCACCUCGAUUUAUGAAAGAUUACGAAUGGAUCUUCAACUUUUUAUUGUGUAUUACAGUUUUCUAAUCGCUGCUGGAUCUUAAGAUGGCACUUCAUGGAUUAACACUGCGCAAGGCAAAAACGGACUUAUUUGACUGCUGUUUUGUGACUGUGAAACCAGCCCCAUCAGACUGAACGUGUUUCUCCUCUUUAUCCGUUUUCUGGCUCAUCCUUUCAGGACAUCGAGACAUUUUCUGGUUAAAAGAAAGAGGCGCGUCAUUUGGAUAAAUAUCUUAACAAUAUGUUGCACUUCCAUUUGUCAUAGGCUAGAAUUAUAAUUUUUUAAAGAUAAUUUAGAUAUGGAGCCAGGCAAGGAGAAAGGUUUCCCCACCACCAAAGAGGGGCUGAAACAAAUCGCAGGAAAGGCCCUCGGGAAUCUGUACAGGAGGCUGGAGAAGCGGCAGCAAACAGGUGAGACGAUCGAGCUGACGGAGGAUGGGAGACCCAGGGCGGACGAGAGGCGGAAGACGCCCCUGUGCGACUGCACCUGCUUCGGGCUUCCGCGUAGAUACAUCAUCGCUAUGCUGAGCGGUCUGGGCUUCUGUAUCUCCUUCGGUAUCCGGUGUAACCUGGGUGUGGCCAUCGUCAGCAUGGUCAACAACAGCACAACCCAUCGAAACGGCAUCAUCAUCAUCAAAGAGAAAGCGAAGUUCAACUGGGACCCAGAGAUUGUGGGGAUGAUUCAUGGAUCCUUCUUCUGGGGCUACAUAGUUACUCAGAUUCCAGGAGGGUACAUCUCCUCAAGACUGGCUGCAAAUAGAGUUUUUGGGGCUGCCAUUGUGCUCACAUCCACCCUGAACAUGUUCAUUCCCACUGCUGCCCGGGUGCACUAUGGAUGUGUCAUCUUUGUGAGGAUAUUACAAGGAUUGGUGGAGGGAGUGACUUAUCCAGCCUGCCAUGGGAUCUGGAGUAAAUGGGCUCCACCACUGGAAAGAAGUCGUCUGGCGACCAUCUCCUUCUGCGGAUCCUAUGCUGGUGCAGUCAUAGCCAUGCCUCUGGCUGGGAUCCUGGUCCAGUACACAGGAUGGUCCUCUGUCUUCUAUGUGUAUGGAUCCUUUGGAAUAGUCUGGUACAUGUUCUGGAUCUUGGUGUCCUAUGAGAGCCCGGCAGAGCACCCAACCAUCAGCGAGGAGGAGCGUCGCUACAUCGAAGAGAGCAUCGGUGAAAGCGCCCAGCUGACGGGCGCAAUGGAAAAAUUCAAGACCCCCUGGAGGAAGUUUUUCACCUCCAUGCCUGUCUAUGCAAUCAUAGUGGCCAACUUCUGCAGGAGCUGGACCUUUUAUCUGCUCCUCAUCAGCCAGCCUGCAUACUUUGAAGAGGUGUUUGGCUUUGAAAUCAGUAAGGUUGGAAUGCUGUCGGCUCUCCCUCACUUGGUCAUGACCAUCAUCGUGCCCUUGGGAGGCCAGUUAGCGGACUACCUGCGAACCCACAACAUCCUGUCCACCACUUCGGUUCGAAAAAUCAUGAACUGUGGAGGGUUCGGUAUGGAGGCCACUCUUUUAUUAGUGGUUGGUUAUUCUCACAGUAAAGGGAUGGCCAUCUCUUUCUUAGUUCUAGCUGUGGGUUUUAGUGGUUUUGCAAUAUCAGGUUUCAAUGUCAACCAUUUAGACAUCGCUCCUCGCUAUGCCAGUAUCCUCAUGGGCAUAUCCAAUGGUGUGGGGACCCUGUCAGGGAUGGUCUGUCCUAUAAUAGUAGGAGCAAUGACAAAGAACAAGACCCGGGAAGAGUGGCAGUAUGUCUUCCUCAUUGCUUCCCUCGUGCAUUACGGGGGCGUGGUGUUUUACGGAAUCUUUGCAUCUGGGGAGAAACAGCCAUGGGCAGACCCUGAGGAUACCAGUGAAGAAAAGUGUGGCUUUAUUGAUGAGGAUGAACUGGCCGAGGAGACAGGUGACAUCACACAGGUUUAUGGUGCAAUGGCUGGUCCGGCUAAAAGCUACGGCGCCACUGCACAGUUCAAUGGCGGUUGGGUACAGGACUGGGAUAAGACAGAGGAGUAUGUGCAGGAACCAGCGGGAAAGAUGUACGCCCAGCGAGGCUACUCCUAAGCCAGACAGUCAUGGUGAGUCUGCUUCCAGAAACAGACUCUUCAUCACUGAUUGCACAAAUAUAUUAGAUAUUUAAAUCCAUUCUGUGUGUUCAAGUAGUUUCAUAAAGUAAAGAAAUAGUUAAUUGCAAUGCAGAAGACUCCUCAUCAUCACAUGCACCUGUUGUAGGGCUUUACUAUACAGAGAGUAGUUGCAAAGAAAACUGCAGACCUAUGUUGUACUUCACAAAACCUCAUCAAUCUACUUGAACAACAUGAGCCAGACGACACUGCAGUUGACCAUCAUACGGGGUCUUUCUCUGAAACACCACUCUGAUUGCACUGAAACUAUAAGUAUUCUAAAAACAAGACUAUUCUGUUUCUCAAGUGUGUUUUAUGUACUGUAUAUACCCGUAUACUGUUUCUGUGAGACUUUUGUGGAUUUUGGGUCUUUGAUCUGUGUUAACAUUAAUAUAAAAGGCCAUAUUUUUCAUGGACAGAACCUUUUCAGGGAGAUGUCUGCUUGCAAAAAAGGUCUUCUUGAGCGAGGCCUCUAUUACACUAUAAGACAAAAAUAGCGUGAGUGAAGUUGAACUGUAGAGUUUUAGUGUGUGUUUGUUGCAUGAAUUUGCUCAGCUCAAUGUUUCAGAUGCAGUCGCCUCACGUGCAUUCAGCCUACUGCUUUGUCCUUAGAUGAGUAUCUUCUGCCAUUAUGAAUAAUAAACUGAACUUUCAUAAUCAGGUUUUGGCUGUGAUGUGAGACAAAUCAAAAACGUUUUGAAGGCAAUUGCUCAGAAGACAUUGUUUAUUGAUGUUUGGUGUGCACUGCAAUAAAUUCUGUGUACCGGCCGUCACCCAUCUUAUUCUGUUUUGUAAUAUAACACUGGCUUGCUGUAUCUAACUGUAACUGUUUUGGAGUCGUGUGAUGAUCAACAGUGAGGUGUCUGUUUUAACAAAUUACUAGUGUCUGGAGAAUCCAGCUUUUGUGCUCAUGAUGCAGGACAUUGUUGCGUUUUGACAGCGAGGAAUGCAGUACUGUUUAUGAACAACCAGGUUUUGUGAUCUCUUGAUGUCUGAUGGUUGUUCUCGGUGUCACCAAAAGUACUUUACUGACACUUUGAUAUUGUCAUGUUUGAGUGGGCCACAUGAAUCAAUAGAUGGUUCUUCCACCUGAUUUUAUUUGCUAUUUGAACAGUUUCUUCAUUUGCUGUAUGAAAUCUGCAAGGAUGUUCAAAAAAUAUAUGACUAUUUAAGAAUGGUUAAGAUGACCAAAAGAUGCUAUUAUGGCUUUAUGCCUGAAGUUUAUGUAAAGAGAUAAAUGUGAUUUUAUGGCUUCUAAUAUUGUGUUUAACGAAGAGGUAUGUUGAUGUCAAAAAGUGUUAUGAAAUACAGAUAUCAUUUUAUAUUAAAAAACAACACCAACAUCAUGUUUUGUCAUUCUUAGUCAUGGUGAGAUGAUGUGUUAUAGUGUGAUAUAUGUGGAAAUGUUGUCUCCAUCUGUUGAUGUGAAGGGCAGAGGUCCUCGGAGACUGGAGCCUGGCUACCUAACCUGCUAUCUAAAUUCUCCAAUUCUCUGUGUCAUGCAGCUCCUAUUCUCUCCACAGUUCUCAUUAGUAAAUCAAUGGUGUGUGUCUCUGGAGUCCAGCUGGAAGAUAUUGGACACUGUAGCUUGGUAAUUGGUAAAAGGAGAGAGGGACAGCGACGUUAAUGCUCCUACUGCACAUUACGUUCCAACAAACCAGGAUCAUGUUCUGUCCUCCCAAAGAUUCCCAACCUUCAUAUGCAGCGUCAAAUGUGCGCACGUGUCAUGUAGGUACAUACAAAUGUGAUGACCCUCUUACACCUCUCAGCAGCAUCUCCCACCUGAGGACAAGGAAAAUAUCAACUGUAAAAGAAAAGCAUUUGCAUUCACUGCUCUCAUGCUCCUGUGCAUUUUGUAAUUAUU